CGUAUCCUUUUCACACUUGCACGUCCGACCACCUUCAUCAUUCUAUCUCUUCCACAUACAGCGCAAGCCUCAAGACAUGAAGCGUCAUCAUGAAGACGACCCAGGAGUCGACGUUCCUCUUCGGCGGUCCACCCGGUGCCGGACAACGGCCACCAAGUCUGGCACAUCGACAACUCUUUGCAAAUACUGCGCUUCAUUCCGAAUCCCUCGGAGAAGUUCAACACUCUAUGAAGUCCAUGAAAUUAUCUAUACUCGCAGAGUCAGUGACAUGGUCAAAGCUGCCAAACGGAGGAGCCCUUGUGACCUUUGUCGCUUCUUGACAAGCCACAUGAGUUUGAAAAUCUCGGAGGCUUGUGUCCAAAACAAGGUCGAUAUGAUAGUUUCAUUGCGCACAAUCAAUAAUGCUAAAUGGUCUGAUUAUUCCCGACCAACACGAGUGGGGCUCUCGCUUGGCAAGGGCCAGCCAUCUCUAGUAGUGUACGACAUUUGCAAACUCAAGAAAGAACCCACAGGUGACGGAUUGGGUGUCUUCAACGGAAAACACCCCGAGCCUCAUACCGGGAUGCUUGUAACUAGCUAUCUACCUCGGAUAGUAAACUCUGAUCCGCUCUCGGAAGCAACUGUCGGAGUGGUGAAGGAUUGGCUUCUGUGUUGUCGCCGUCAUUCCCCUUGUAAAGAACAGAAGUCACGACCGCUGCCCACACGAGUCAUCGACGUUCGGACGGAGAAUCCCAAGAUCGUCGAAAGUGAGCGCUUAGUGGGGUCCUAUGUUGCACUCAGCCAUUGUUGGGGCUCAACUGAGGAUACGUUCUCGACGACCACACAAAAUAUUACCGAGCGGAAGACCUUGGGUCUUGAACUAUCCCAAUUACCCCUGAAUUUCCGCGACGCCAUAUCUUUCACACGGCGCCUUGGGUACGAGUACCUUUGGAUUGACAGUCUCUGUAUAAUACAGCAAGACUUGCAGGACUGGAGGCAUGAAGCAGGCCGGAUGGCAGGAUACUACGAGAGUGCAACUGUGACACUCGCCAUCGCCGAUGCUAUAAACUGUCAUGUUGGAUUCUUGGGCUCCCGUCGCCAUCAUUACUCGCCUCCAAUUCCUGGUGAAGACGGCGAACUCUAUGUCCUUCGACAGCCUCUACCAGGAGAUGAUGAUCUCGACCACAACUCGUGCAUUGGCAAGCGUGCCUGGACACUGCAGGAACGUUUACUGUCACCACGAGUCAUUCAUUUUACCCAGAGCCAGGUGGUGUGGCAUUGCAGGAACGCUCGAUGGGCGGAAGGAUAUAUUCGGGAUCUUCGGAGCGAUAUAGUCUGGUGGGACAGUUGGAGCCACAAGAUCGGGCGAUGUAUUCAUCAAACAGAACCCGCUGCCGUCAAUCCAACACGCGACAUCGAAAGAGCUGCGCAGGCUUGGUGCGGCUGUGUUUCUGAAUUUUCUAACCGCCGCCUGACACGAGCUUCUGACAAGCUCGCUGCGAUAGCAGGCUUGGCAGGUGCAUUCAGCAGACCAGAACUCGGCCAAUAUAUGGCCGGUCUUUGGGAGCACGAUCUGUUCCGCGGCUUGGCAUGGAACAGACUUGCCCCUGCGCGGCGGUCAAUAAUCGCCCAGAAGGCCGCAAGAACUCUAACUGCAAGGGAAUACGAUCCUCCUUUGAAGUACCGAGCCCCGAGCUGGAGCUGGGCAGCUGUGAAUGGACCUCUUGAAGUCGACUCGUACCUGUUUAACCAGUACGUUUUCAAGCAAGCCGUUUUGGAAGAAGCCCGAUAUGAGAUUGAUCACUGGGAGAAUUAUUAUGGGCCUUGCCUCGUCAACACUCACCUCCUCCACAAUAGUGAUAAUCCGUACAUCGAUACCUUGGAAGGGUCUUUCAUUGAAGUUUCUGGACACUGCCGAAAACUGUGGAUUUCGACGGUCAAACUAUCUCCAGAAGCCGAUGGCCCAGAUGGCCCCUUCAUCAAAAAUAUUCUUCUCGAUCAGGCUAUGCCUGAGCAAAUCUAUGCCUAUCUUAGCCAACCAGAUCAGCUUGAUCAUGUAUGGAAGGAACUGCUUAUGUUCCAGAUCAGCAAGGAAAUUCGGGGUCGUCGACUUGUCUAUGCGCUCCUUCUCGAGAAAAUGCAGGAUCCUGACAGCUUCAAACGGAUCGGACUUGUGAAGCUGGCAUGCUAUAAUCUCUGCAAAAUCCCUGCAGCGCGGAAGUUGGAUAUUUCACCGGCAUAUCGGCAUCCUAUCCACCGACUUCGGUUUAAUUGCAAGGAAGAGGACUACGACACGAAAGAGUGGCAUAAAGAUCGUUGGACGGAAUGCACUCUGAAAUUGUUCUAGACAGAGAUGGAUCAUUGUAAUGAAGCGACUUGAUAUCCAACUGGUUAGACAUUAGUUCUGCGGCCGCUACCGCCACCAUCUACUCGGCAAUGGUCUCGUUCUGAGGUGUUUAGUACUGCUGCAUACUUUGCUGGACUUGUAGGAGAGGCUAUCCCAGCACUAAAAGCAACGAAAAGCUAGUCAUGA